UUGAUAUUUCGACCGUCUUGAUUUGUGCUGUUUUGUCUAAUUAAGGUCCCAUAUAUCAAAGGAAAUACACAUUAUUUUUUACUUUUAUUAAAAGAGACUUUAUUAAGAUACUAUGAUGCUGGGCAGUAUAGAACGAUAUUUAAGCAUCGUUUGUUAUGGAUUGAUACUUUUUAUAGACAUUGCCGAUGCGUGCAAUAUGACUGCCGUUAACACGUGCACAGAGAUUUUAAGCCGCAGUAGUGACGCCAGUGUGAUAACUGACGGUAUUUCCGCCAUCCCGACUGUACAACAGUUGAAGAAAUUAUGCGGCGCAAUGGGUGAUUUCAAGGCAUGUUAUAAACCGAAAGCAGCAGAAUGUUCUGGAGAUGUUGUUUUUUCAAUGACGUUUGGUACAAUAGAAAAUACGAUAGAAUAUUUAUGUGUAGAAGGGUAUCAAGAUAUCCUACAGUAUGCGAGCUGCUGGAAUCAAACGGAAGUUAUAGCAGAUUCAACAAAAUGUCACGUGACACAGAAUAACAUGAUUUCCGCCCUGCAUAAUCAACAAAAGACGGGAAAUUUAAAUUCAACAACGAUGAGAACCUACUGGUGCAACAUAUUAGAUAACACGACAGCAUGUAUGCGAGAAGGAGUAAAGACGAGAUGUGGGGAAGAACCAGGAUGUAUUAUGCAUACAAUGAUGUCACGUGCACUGAAAGGUCUAGCGGCACUUAUGAGAUGUCCAACACCGGCAUCAUGCCAGUUGCAUUCGGAUGGAAGUGAACAUACACACGGGGACACGCAUCCGGAUCACGGAACAACGUCUGAUAGAGGACAUUCAGAUGGCACAAUUCACAGACAUGGCAAUACACAUGAUGUCCACAACAACAAUCAGCAUCCCUCUGGUGGCAGACACUCGGACGGCUCGCAUCAUACACCUGGCGAUUCUCACACUGACCAUCCCGGCAAGGCAGACGCUGAAGGGACGGCAAAUAAUCAGAACAAAAAUACGGCCGCAUCUAAAAGUCUUUCAGUUAUUGUAUCAUUUUUUGCAAUAGGUAUUCUUGGUGCUAAUAUUAUGUCUUGAUUAAUUCAUUUUUGUUAA